GUUAAGCUGAGACCCAGCAGUAGCUGAGUGACGGAAGUUUUCCAAGGUCUCAUGUGGAAUAUCAAGAUGAACCCUCUGCACACUUCAUAUGCAAGCCCUGUCUUGUAACAAGCAUGGGAUCGGGAGCCCUCCGGGAGGUUGAGGUGCCUCAUGGCCUCCAGUGGACAAAGCACAAUGCUUGCCAAGGAAAGCGCUUGCGUUGAGGAGCCGAGGGAAACGGGUUCCUUUUAGGCUUGGCCUGUAGUACCAUGAUGGGAGAGAGUCAGCAUGCUUAUGCCACCCACGAGACCGAGUCUGUCGCCCAAGACAAAGAGGUCAGCUUUGAACAGUUCAGCAAGGAAGACGUGGAUGCCUUUGACAGUCGGUUGCUGGACGGCUCAGAGUCGCGUCCACAGAAUGGGACCGAGAAUGGAUCCAACUUUGCCGGCGUCAAGGACAAGGAGCCUCAGAAUCAGAGGGAGGCUGUGAUCCGGCCCCAGCAAGCGGGCAAAAUAGACUUCAAGUCCCUCCACAACCGGCCCAAGUUUCCCAGCGACAGCCCUUGGGGGGCAGUCAAAGGGAGCCCCCAGUCUCCCACCGGGAAGGGCCGAGCGAGGGAGAAGAGCAGGCGGUCGGGGAAAGGCGAGCGGGGCCACCAGCAGCUCUAUCGGCUCACAAUCAGCAAUGCCCGGCCCAACCCGACCAUCGGAAUCGCGUACCCGCAGCAGAAGGUCACUCCCCCCAAGAAAGCUGACGUUGGCCGAGGACCCAUCUCGGGAAGCUAUCGGUUCCAUGUCCCCAGCAUCCCUGAAAGAGAGGUGGAAAUCCAACAGGAAGAUCUCAGCUUUGCCCGGAGUUUCCCAGAGGCCCCCUCAAGCCAUCUCUCUAGCAACUAUACCUCACCGACAGCAACCGCGCGCCCGAACCAUGGUGCGAAGGGACAGGGCCCCGCAGGCAUCCCUCAUGAGAAUCCUGGCACCCACGGGCCGCUACAUUAUUUGGAGUUCCAGGGUAAUGGGAAUAACUCGUGGCCUUCGCCAGAAAAAAGCCUCCCAGGUGCUAACAGCGGACUGCCUGCCCCCAAGCCUUUCCCCUUUCCCGAGAGCGGCAAAGCGAGCGUGCAUGGUUUGGGGCCUCUGUCGUUUCAGUACCCCUUCCCGCCUUUGCACGGCGCGGCCGCGGACCCGUUCCAAGGUGAAGCGCAUGCUCAAGAUUACGUUGACGCGGCGUUGGCCUCCAGCCAGGCUUCUCACGGUGCUUUCGCCUUCCAUUCUUCCUCCAGGGACUGGAAAGAGGAAGGUCUCGGCGGCGGCGGCGGCGCCUACGACAAUGUGGCCGCGGAGAGCAGGACCUAUGCGCUGGCGCCUCCUCAGCCGGCGCAGUUUCUCCCGCCACAGGCUCAAGGGCAUUUGCCUUGCUACAAAGGAAGGCACGAACACUCCACUGACCCCAAUGGUGCUAUCUCCCCUUCUGGUGCUAUCGACCCCAAACUAAGCACUUUCCAAGAAAACCCUGCCGUUUUCCCACCCAGUUUACAUGUCUCCAGCAUGCCAAAGCUGAUGGGUAAGAGGCAGCCUUUGUCGAAAGACAGCGUCACUAGUCAAAGGAUCCUGGACCCGGGUAGCUCUCUGAGAAGGACCCUGCCACCGGUCUCUCUCCCCCAAGUGCACUUUCAGAACAAGGCGUACAGCGACCCCCCAGCUAGUGGCGUCAGCCCUGGCUCUGUGCCUUUCGAGAAGAACCUUCACGCUCCGGUUCAGGCCCACCCCCGGCUCCUGCCGUCAUGGGAGGGAAGCAAAAAGGCAUACUCCCCCAUGGAACCCAGCCUCGCAGCAUAUCCCAGCCCCGUCGGUGGCCAGCUCUCGUUCGGGUGCCAUUCGGGGCAUCACGCCAAGAAGCCCUGGCAGCAUCUCCACCUCACCUCCCCGAUGCCCGGCCAGAACAGAAUCGAGCGGUCGAGGAAGCUGGCGAGCCAGAAGCUGCCUUUCCCCCUUGGGGUGUCAGAAUGGGACGGAAGCGGAAAGGCGGCCAAAAGCCCCGGCGCUUAUCCUAGCAAAGCCCUGCUGACCGGCGAAAGCGCCGUCCUCUCCAGGCACGAUCCAGGCCCCGCAAACUGUAGCUCCACAAACGCUUUCUGCUUUGAAGCAGCGAAGGAUGCUGACCCUCUCGCGGUGUGUGGUCCCCGGAACAAGUCCCUCUUCUUUGGCGCGAGCCAAGCGGUGCCACCGGCGUCCUCUCGCCUCUCUUCCACCCCGGCUCUUGUGUUACCCCCAGCGGCCUUGUCCGCAUCGCCGAGCAAUUCCCCGCUCCCGUCACCUGCCCCCAACCCCACCAGCGGCAGCACCUGCUCAUCACUCUCGUCCACUUCCAGCAGCCCCAACAGCUACGGCUUUGAAGACAGCGUGGCGCUGACCGCCUCCCCCUUCUUCCGCGCUCAGUGCCACCCGAAGGACAGCAACAAAGCCUUCCACGCCGCCGAGGCCCUGAGCUCCGGCGCCGUCCACUAUCAGACGGCCGACCCGAUCAAGGCCUUUCGCCUCCCCCAAGACACCUCCAAAGAGGAUCUCCUUUACAAAGGCCUCCCUGUGGACAGCCACUUCCACAAGCUCAGCAUGGAGACCCCCAAGGGGUGCGUGGAGGGCUUUGAGGCUGAGCUGCCUCCGCCGCCGUAUUCCUCCCACCACCUCCUGGCCAGCUCGCUGAGCAGCGCAAGCCUCGACCAACUGGAUGUGUUCCUGACCUGCAAGCAAUGUGACCAAAACUUCAGCAACCUCUCCUCGUUCUUGGAGCACCGCCAGUUCUGCAGCUCUCACACGGUGCUCCAGGGUCAAGCUAAAGAGUCUUCCCGGGGGGCAGGAAGCCGGAAGCAGCUUCACCUGCCUCCUGAGUCCCUCAAGCACACGCAAGCUAACCCGGGGCUACUCCUGCCCCCUGAGCCUCAUUUGCAACUGCUUGCUUUGAACAAGACCACGGAUUUCCUGGCAGAUGGCGAGGGCAAAGGGGAGCCCAAGGACGACUCUCUGAAAGGCAGCCAGCUUGGCAGCCUCGCCGCGAACCCCCUGCCGCUUAGCACUUCCGACUUAGAGAUAGACGACGCCAAGCUUGAUAGUCUGAUCACGGAAGCUCUGAACGGGCUGGGCUACCAGUCGGAUAACCCGGAGAUUGACAGCAGCUUCAUCGACGUGUUUGCGGAUGAAGAACUGGCAUCUGCGAAGGUCCCCAACGGUGGGGUGCCUUACAGAGCGAAAGAGAGCUCAACUUCAGGGAAGAAAACAAAGCACACGGGGAUGGACGGCAGCGUGAAGACAUUGAGCUGCUGUGGCGAGCAUCCCAGCGGAGACCCAGCCCAAAGCAGAGCAGCAGGGAAGCAGCAGGGGCAUAAAGAGAGGGGGGCGAGCUGGUUUCCGGACCGAGGAGAGGAAAGGCUCGGAACUCAGAACAGCGCCGAAUUGGCUCCAAGUAAGGUGACGGAUCUAGCAAUGUACGACGGGGCACAAGCCAAUGCAAGCGCCCAAAUGAAGGUACGGAGGAAGAACGGCGGCAGUUCCUUCCUGCCCAUGAAACCAGCGGCCAAAACUAUGUCAGAUGCGAAGCAGCCCAAGAACGUCAGCCGUGCUUCUUCUCUGGGCGGCGACCUCCGGCCCGCCAAAGACGGGAAGAGGCGGAAGGUGCGCAGCGGCACGUGGAGCAAGGAGCUCAUCCACAAAAUUGUCCAGCAGAAAAACAAACUCCACAAACUGCACCCGAAGAGCAGCAAAGCCGCCCCGGCCCUCUCCUCCCUGCUCGCCGACCGCCUGCUUCCGGAAACGAAAGCCGACAAGUUCGGCGAGUACGAAUACAUCUCGGAAUCGGACGACGAGAGGGUGGAAUACGCCAAGCGCCACUGCCGGAGGAAGCUCGGGUCGAGGUUCAACGGGAGGUCGAGAAGUAGCUUCAGUCGGAGGUGCCAAGGGAGAGGGGGGAGGGAGAAGGAAAAGGAGCCGGCCUGGAGAUACGGUCCAAGGAGAGACGGCCAAGAGCCCAAGAGAGCCACAAGCAAGGAGGACUGUGUGGCCAGAGUGCUCAGGAGAAGCCGUCAGUCAUCAACCAGUAGCUGCGGGAGCACGGGUUUAUCCAGCGAAAGCAGCAACAGCCCCCAAAGCACUGAAAGAGCUGAUUCAGACACGGAGAAGGAGAACGAGCAGAGGAAGAGACCCCUGCAGAGCUCCAGGCAUGCCGGACCUCUUCCGAGAGAACCACCUAACGUUCCUGAGAAACAAAUGGUUGGGAGGAGCCAUAAAACGUCCUCUGACCUGUCCGCAGAGCCAAGCAGGGUUGACUCACCCAUAACCCAGCCGGUAGCUUUCGAGGAGUAUCAGAGGGACAGUCCAGACAUCUCCCCGCCGCGUCACAGCAAAGGUGUUCUUGACAAUAGCCCAUCCGUGCUUUUUUGUAUGGAAGAUUCAGAACAGUACAACAGGAGUUCUGGCCCUGAUGCUGAUCAUCCAAGGUCUAUGCCGAAAGUCCCAGAUUUCGGCAUAGGAGUGAACCAAAACUGCCACCGCUUCGCUGCCUAUAAAGGCGAGGCCUUGAAAUACCAGGCCGAUGAAUUCGUCAGCCCAACCUCCAUUGGUAACCACAGCAUCACUAAUGACGAGUCCGCCAACUAUGAACGAGUUGACAUGAAAUGCCUGAAGAAGCAAAAGGAAUUCAUUGCUCCUAUCAGCUGUUGCAAUGAUAAUCCCAUUGGCAUAGAGAUAGCCAGGAAAGGACCUCAUGCACUUGGGAACGCUGCCGAAGCAUUUUAUGACUGCAAGGAAUUGUCCAAUGGCUAUGACUCAUCGGGCCUCUUCUCUGGGCCUCCAGUCACUGAAGCAGCCCAUGGAGACAACAUCUACUUGUGCCAGGAAGAUGUUGACAUCGGCUCCUUCAAGCAGAAACACCACGAGAUCGCGCCCUAUGAAGCUGAUAAUGAGCUCAGCCAAGUCUCUUCUCCUCUUAGCUUUGAGUCUUCUUCAGUAUUUGGGGAGCUCCCCGUCGCUGACUUUGAUGCCACCUUAUACGACGGCAUGGCUUCAAGCAAGGACAGCUAUGUUCCCUUUGAGUGUACUGGUCAUCAGCUUGGCAAAAUGAUCCCCUUUGACCAGCAGUAUUCAUCAUUCCUGCAAGAAAAGGACUGGAACCUGAUGGAGGAAGCCUCCCCUGUGUUGUCGGAAGACCUCGCUCCGUUUCACAGCCUCUCUGUUGAAAAAGCAGUAGCAAAGAGGUACCCGGGUGAUAUUGACCACAUGCCUUUGCCCGAGAGGAUGGCUGAUUACAAUGUGCCUUUCAUGAGCGGUAUAUCGGAUGAUGAGCUUGAGAUCAAAAGGCUGGUCACUGAGCUUGAAAGUCAGCUGCAAACGAGCAAACUUAAUAUGGAGGAGGCAUCUGUUGAGCACCAAACACCCAAACACCACACCACCACCACUGAAAACAAGGAAGCUGUUCACCCGUUUUUGCCCUUAACUCUGGACCAGGAUGGUGAUGGGAAAGGAUUAUUCCUAAUGGAGGCCGAGUUUGAGGAUGCAAACCUCCUUUCCGCAAAAGCUUGCGGCUGUGAAAACCCAGGAAAUGAGAAAACACUACUUCCGACUUUAGACGGCAAAUACGGAAGCCACAGGGACCCUUGGCCAUGCUCGGUGCCAUUCAGCCCAUUACAGCCCUCCAUGCAUGCACCAUCUGCUGCUGACCUGAUGCUGGCAGGUCCUUUUAGCUGCAAAGGCGACCAAGGCGAACUUCAUGGAAACCUGAAGGGUGUCAUCAUCUCUGGAGAAGAUGACUUUAGGGAGAUAAGGGAUGCGUCUGCCAUAGUCAUGCAAGAUUCACACCUUUCAGACCUAUCUGACAACCUAGGGGCUCCCAGCUAUACAGACCAUUUAAUACCCAGCCCCAAUCCAUUGUUCCCUAAAACUCUGGAGGCCAACAGCCUAAACUUGCACGAGGCUUUGCCACCGAGAGCAGAUGCCGUCCCAGAAUUGCCACCAAAGGAGAAAGCAUUUGAUAGCCCUGCAGAGUUAGAAUCAUAUGACCACCAGGUCCCCUGUUUGCAACCGGAAUUUGGGCUACCAGACGUUGGCGCUCGAGAGGCUGGUGGCAACUUGCCUCCUAAUGCACAAAGUAUCAAGGACCCAGAAGAAAGGCACUUUCACAAGACCAGGUCACCCAAAACAUUAGAAAGCUCAACACCCUUCCAAAGAAGCCAGGAUGGCUCCGUGCUUCUGGAAAAGGCCGAGGAGAUUGAAAGCCAAACUGUUGACCAAAGCCCAGCCCCCUGCGAUAAGGCUAGCGAUGGAGAACAUUUGCAUUUUGAUGUGUUGACCUUUUCCAAGGAAUUGGAUGAAGAGGCAGAAUACGAGCCAGCACCCCAAGGGAAGGCAGCUAACCCACUGCAGCAGCUGCAAUUAUUUGUGGCCAGGACCGUCAAAAACAACGAAGAAGACUUGCUGAUGCCCUGUUUCCCAGUUCUACAUCCUGCUAGUCACCUGCCCACAACUGCUGAUAUCCAUCCUGAACAGGAUGAGGAGUCCAUGGGUGGUGUGCAGAGCGAAGAGAUGGCAGAGAGCCCCACAUUGGAGAAAAGGAAAGGGUCCCUGGUUGAAGGAUCUGAGAACAUAACCCAAGUAUCUGAUCCAAUCCAAGUGUUUUUGGAACCAUGCAAGGAGGUGGAGUAUCUUGGCGACAGGCUCUCCUGUGUUACAAAGCCAGCACUGCUAGAGAGCCCUGAAAUGCACAAUAAUGUUACAGGGGAGGAACAGCACCACUUAGAAGAUGAAUGUUCAGGGAUGGGUGACAUUAAUAUGUGUGCAGAUGGCGUCUCCCUGGAGCACAGUAACCUCUCACCGCUCAGCAACCCAAUGGUAACCUCAUUGAUAAGGGAGGAGGGAACUCAAGGCGGUCAAGUUACAGGAGAGGUGGAGGAAGACCAGGAAGAGGCAACCUUGGCAUUUAGGAACCACAGAAAAUCCCCCUUAAGCCCUGGAUCAUCUGAGAAGGAAGCUCCCAGCUGUGCUUUGUCAGCCAUGCUCAAAGGGCCUGCUGCGUGCUGCUCUCCUUGGGGUGAGCGAUGCCAUGAGGACCAAGCGUCGGGGACUGCAAAAGCCCACCAGAGAAAAGGCAGCCGGGAUCAGGUGGGACAGCUGCAGCGCAGCCUGUCUUCAGCUUCCUCCAGCCUUCCUGCACAACAGUUUGAGGAUGAUUAUCUCCUGCCCAGAACAGACUUCAGCUCAGGAACGGGCUUGGUUUCAGCAGAAGACCGUGGCUUAGGGAAACAAAGCAGUCACUAUGUAGGAGGCCCCCUGGAUGGUUCCUCUCUGGAGGUUGACUUUUCUGAUCAGAAAGAUGUGCUGAAAAAGGACAUGGGUGAUGUAACAUCCUCUGGCUUUGGGAUGCCACCAUCAGAAGAUGCUCAUGGUCUGACUGCUGCAGAGGGCCACCACAUCCCACUCUUGGCAUGCGGGUUCUCCUCUGGUGCUGAGCAGACUGCUGUUGGCAAUCACACACAGAGUCCUUCAGAGCACAGGGAACAGGAAGGAGCACUACCGUUCCCUCCCAGCAUGCACCAUUGUAGCAACGUUUCUCCCCUGUCCUUGGAUAUGGCGGACAACAUGCCUCCAUGUCUUGCAGAAGAUGCGGCCCAUGACUUGGCAGAACCUUCAGAGAACAUCCCUAUGCAUUCAACCUCUUCUCUGCACUCUGGUAAUCGGGUGCCAUCCCUUGUCAAAACAGAAAGAUCCUUGAAACUACACACAAACAUCUGCAAAUCCCCCAGCCAGCUGCUGUUUAAAAAGAAGGACCUUUCUGAAGAUCUGCCCAGGCAUCCUGAUCAUGAAGACAGUGACGUGUGUUCUGUAAGGGACAUGAUCACCAGUUCACAGCCACCAUCUCUGCAAGGCAUCUUGCUUGAGCAGCCCCUGUCAGAGACGGAUUCCGCUCUGAUUACUAGUAAACAUGCGGAAUUAAUAUCAAUGCCCCAGGAGGCAAAGGAAGUUGAAAGCUGCCCCCAGAAAGAUCAACCCCAGCCAGGGAUCUUAAGCAGAGAUGUUGAUGCUCAAGAGGUGCCAGUGGUCAAUCCCACCAAAACAGCUAAUGGUUGUGGCGCUGACCUCAGUGCUGAUCAAUAUCUGGAGAUGGCAGAGGCAGGACCCCAAAAUGCUUCACAGAACAUAGAUAGCAGAAGGAACAAUUUGGAGAAUGAAGACUCCGAAUUGAAUGGGACAGUGGAAGGGACUUCUAGCUGCAUGGAGCAAGAAGAGAGCAAAGGGGGAAGUCUAGGAGAUGGUUCCAAGACAGGGCAACCAAAAGCAAAGAAGAGGAAUGGGCUGCCAGUCAGCUGUGAGAUUUGCUCAGUUUCUUUUAGAUCCAAAACGGGGCUGAUGAGACACAAAGCCGUGAAACAUCAAAAGAAAAAGGACAGCGCUUCGUUGCUGGAUUCCAAUCUUGCACCACUGGAAAAAGUAUUAAAGUCAAGCACGCAACUCCCAAGGGAAAACAGAAAGACGUCCACCAGAGAGAAAACAUCUAGCUCACACAUUUCAAAAGCACCCAAGGGCCAACCCUUCCCUAAAUCCUACGGAAGCCAAAGAAAGGAACACAGUAAAGAAAUCCAAGAAGUUAUUAGCAAAGUACUCAGUGACCUUAAUGUCACUUCAUUGGACAUAACCCAUGAACUUCAAGCCACAAAUAGGCCAAGGAAAGAAGUUAAAACCAAGGGUAUGAGCUCACAGGUGGAGGGAUCAGAUGAGCUGGCCCCCAGGUCUAGAAAAGAACCAAAGGCAAGAAGAAAGGACAGAGAGGUCAGUGCUGGGGGGCCAGACGGUUUUGCUGGGAAGAAACUAAAGGGAAAAGCAAGGAAAGCCAGAGUGGUUUCAAGCCAAAAUGAGAUAAGCAGAUCUUCUCAUCUGGAGACUGAGACCCCUAAGAUAUGCUCUAACAUGACUCCCUGCACUGUAGGCCUCGUUCUGACCACCGUCACUGAAGAACAGGAGAGCAGCUCUACCUCAGCAAAAGAACAGGCCAACGUACGGUCACCUUCGCCUCCUCGCCCUUUGACAGUCACAGAAUUGGAAGAUGCUGGUGAAAGAAGAUCCUCAGCCAAGGAGAUAGCUGGACAAACACCUCUUCAGGAUAUCGAGAGCUGUCAAGAGCAGGCAGAAGAUCUAGAGUCAGAAGGGAAGCAGCACACACAAGAGAGAUGGCCAAGUGGAUCCACAGAAGACGUUAAGGACGUGCUGGGCGAUGUUCAGGAAGAUCAAGACAAGGACAGAAGCAGAAAAGAACCUGAGUCAAAGGAGAGUUCUUUUGAAGAGAUGAACUGUAGAAACCAGAAUAACCCAAUGAUAUGUAUACCAAGUCCCAAUAGACUAGAACAGUCCUGUCAUGCUGGAGCUGCUGAAAAGAAUUUCCCAGAUGUCAUAGUAGAGAAAGCAUCUGAUGCUGAUGGCUCUUACUCUGUGGAUUCCAAGUCCUGGAGGAUGGAAGAGCUUCAUCCAAGGAAUGAGGCCCCUGGUGAUGGUACGGCAGAGCCAGACCUGCAGAGCUUGUUUGAUGACGACUCUACAUUUUCACAGCUUUUCCCCAGAAAUGACCACUUUGCCCGUAGAAAGUGCACCCGGGUGUAUGGAAAGCGGACCAAGAAACCCAAACCUGUUGCAGAGGUGAACACUAGGACAGAAGGCACGGCGGACCUCUUUACGAUCCGGAUGGCUUCAGAUCUUGGUGAAACCAGCUCUUUCUGUGUCACCAGGGAGGAUCCUUGUGAGUAUGACACCAUCUCCAUCGAUGACGCUUUGAUGCUUGACAUGUGUCAUGGCAGCAAAGCAGUGGCAAGUGACAACAGUUCUGGAUCCACCAAAAGCAUGGCUCUUCAGCCAGAUACCAGAAGGAGGGAAGAAGUUACCAGUGUGAAGAACGGCGGUGCAUUGAGUGUCCUAUGCCAAAGGAGUCCAACAGGGACUCUUCCAAGCUUGAGUAGCUGGGGUAGUCUUGAGAAGAAGGAAGAAAACAUUUCUGCCGAUGGAGCGUUACUCAGCCCAUCCAUGGAGCUCACUAAAUCAGAAAUGGAAGCCAGCCCAGAACCUCCUAACCUGGAAGAAGAGUCCUACGACACUAGAACGAAUGAAGACUCAUGCUCACCUGUGUUUCAAACAAUCAAUAUGGAGAUGUUGAAUGCAAAGUUUGAGAUGACAGACAUGUGCUUCUACAGUGUUGGGGAAGAUCAUCUCAGUCACUCAGAUGAUGAAUGCACCUUAGGUUUCAAGUCAACAUCAGUCCUGCAAGGCAGACCCAUGAAAAAUAAGCUAGAAGAAGGAAAGCAGGGGAAAACCCGGAGUGACUUGAACCUCAAGACAAAAGACAAGCAAUACAAAUGCAAAGUAUGCUUCCAGUGGUUCCUUACUUUGGGAGAACUGGACUUUCACAAGCUCACCCACAACCCUUCCCCUCCUCCAACGUGUUACAUGUGUGUCCAGAGGAAGUUCAGCUCAAGGGAACAGCUGAGGGACCAUCUGAAGGAGAAGCAUGCCAAGAACAAAGCCGGCCUGUGGGCCUGCGGGAUGUGCCUGAAGGAGAUCUCUGAGGUCUGGAUGUACAAUGAGCAUUUGCGAGAGCAUGCCACUCAGUUUGCCCGGAAAGGCCAGGCUCAGAAGACGGUCCUGGGAUUGCCCGGCUGUUUCAGUGAAGACGAAGCAGCCGUCACCCAUUUCCUGAACUCCAUCAUAUGUCGGAAGCCCAGCAAGCCCUCUAAGCAUGUCGACGCCGGAAGCAGAGCACCUGCUUGCAAAGAGAGCAGAGAGCCCAGAGAGCCCCCUGGGCAAGAAACAGGGGUCAACAAGGACUCGCUGGAGGUGCCCUUCAGAACUAAACCACCAGCAUCCUCCUCCAAAGCAACAGCAGCCCCAUCUCCUGACCCUGCCCCGAAAGUGGAUGGGGCUCCGAAGUUGAUGCCUAUGCACCCCGAAUGCAAAGAUCCAUCUCGUGAUUGCCACCACUGUGGGAAGCAGUUCCCCAAGCCCUUCAAGCUCCAGCGCCAUCUGGUGGUGCACAGCUUGCAGAAGAUCUACCUGUGCCACAAGUGUCCGAUGUUCUACCAGGAGACCAAAGAGCUCCGGAGCCACCUCAGCCAAGAGCACGGGAUGGCUGAGGAGACAGACAUCAAGCACACCACGCUCUACGCCUGCGAGCUGUGCGCCGAUGUCAUGCACGUCAUCAAGAAGUCCUUCAUCUGCAGCACCUGCAACUACACCUUCUCCAAGAAGGAGCAGUACGACCGGCACAUGGAGAAGCAUCUGGUGGGAAGCAGCAAGACCUUCAGGUUCCGAGGUGUCAUGCGGCCUGGCACCUCUGCUAAGGAUGGGGAGAAGAAAAUCAAAGAGGAGGUGUGCCCAAGGGACAAUGUGCCAAUGGCCAAGAAGAAGAAAGUGGCCCACCACAGCAGCUCACUUGCACCAGGGUCACCUCGGGACUUGGAUUGUAGUGAUGCACCCCAACUAGCUAGUGAGUCUCUGCUACCUCCUUGUGGGCCUCUGUCCAUGGCAGCCAAUGGGGUCAUAACACCUCCAGCCCAGAUCCCUGUAAAAACAGAAGAUCUGGUGGGUGACUUCCCUAGUCUCUUGGCUGAAGCAGAAAAAUCUCCAUUUCAUGGCCUGUCUCCACCCCCUCCUCCUGCACCCAUGGAGGUAUCAAAGGGCCCAGAAUCCAAGCACAUUGCUGCACUUUCCACAGGACUACAGAUGGAAGGAGACUCCCCUGGUGAGAACCUAUCUCCUUUCUUAGACUCUUCUGGUCCAGUUAGCAUUAAUCUCUCCAGCUUAGCACAUAACAAUCCAGUGGCAGCCUCACCGUCACUGUCCGUGGCUCAUCUCUCUGAGAAGCACGACAAGGAACCAGAUAUUCCAGAAAACAUCAUCUUGAGCAGUAAAGCAGAACAAGCCAUGGGGAUGUGGGACCAUCAACAGUUAGAUGAAAACCCCAUGAGCAAGAAGCCAGAGCUUUCUGCUGCAAGUCUUGAAGCUAUGGAGUGUAAGGAGUCUCCUAAAACACGGUGUAGUAGCAACCCUAAGCCAAAUGAAACAGCUCCUCAGGGAAGUUCCACCAAGCUACUGUUGCCUGAAACUCCCCUCCCUGCAUUGCCUCUGAAGGACAAGACAUCGUCACCUGCCCUAAACCGGCCCGCCAAAGAGACUCCUUCAAAGAAGGUCACGGUUGGCCAGGCUCAUGCUGAGAAUGCUGUUAGUGUCCCCUGCUCCAUGGGCAGCACAGAAGAGGUCUUCAAGCCUCCCUCCUUGAAAGACAAGGCCCUACCAGAUACGGAUGCUGCUUACCCAAAAGUCAACGGCACCGCCAUCGGCACGAAAGAGAGCAACCCGACCAAGCCUGGGAGCGGCCAUCUCCGAAGCGAGGCAGCAGGCACCCUGGCAAAACAUAACCAUUCCGAUCUCAGCAAAGGCCAAGAAAGACUGGCAGCAAACCAUCUGGCCAAGCUGCACCCCAAAAAGAGGAAAGAGCACAAGUGCUCCCACAAAGGGAGUUCAGCCUCCCGGGAGAACAUUGCGGGCGACGGAGGCAAGAAGAAGAAAGCCCGGACGCAGGACGCAGCCAGGGGCGAGGGCGUCGGAGGGUUCAAAAGGGCAGAGUGGCCCAAUGGCGAAGGACUGGCCCUCUCCCCUCGGAAGAGGGACACUCACUGCAACAAACUGACCCCCAAGCUCAAGGGGGCCGUGGCUGGCGGCCAGCUCAAAAAAUUGGUGCUGGACCAGUGCUUUCAGAAGAAAGCAGAGAUCCGCCAUGCCAACGGAGACUUGAGACGCAAGAAGGACAUCUUGGGCAGCAAGGCCUUCCACCACCUCUUAGCCAAAGACCCCUCCACCUCCCUGCCCAGCUCUUUAAACAGGCACAGAGCUGUCCAAGGUGCUAAGCUGCCUGAUACUCACAAUUACAGGACGGCGGAAUCCCAGAACAAUCUCUUAAGCCAACUGUUUGGGCAGAAAUUAACUAGCUUUAAAAUUCCUUUAAGAAGAGAUACUUCUGAGUAAUUUAUGAAAGUGACUUAUGGUGAUCCUUUGCUGCUUUCAUGGGGUUUGCAAGGGGGGGGAGAAUUAUCAAAGCAUUAAAUUCGUUUGUGUAGCGUGAUUUCUCUGUCUAGCUUAAAUGAACUUGCACUGCAGCCUCUGAAAUAGUUUUGCUUUGUGUCUUACUAAUCUACUUUAAUUCACCUGAUUUAUCAUGCAAAUGCUAGAACUUUGAUGUUGCUGAUGAUUUUCAUGAACUAAAACUGUAAUCGCUUUGGGCAGAGCAAAGCGUCAAGAGGAAAUGCUUUAUUGGAGAAGUGCUGAGGUUAUAAGGGAUACUUGCAAAUCCCAGCCCCUUUUUAGACUGUGUCUCUGUUAUCUUUGUACAAAGUACUUGAAAAGAUGAACUUCAUUUCAGAGACGUCUUAUUCAUAAGGUGCAGUACACUGUAGAAAGCAUUUUUUCCCCCUUCCUGGAGAUUUUGCACAAAUAAUCCCAAACGAUUUCAUUUAAUUGGGAACCAGCCUAAGACAUGAUACAAUUUUUAAAAAAAAUUAAAUUAAGAACGAAGCAGGCCUCGGUUUGACAGACAGCCAUUUCCAAGAAUGUGGCAUUCAGAAAGAACUGGUACGGCCAUGACAGGUGUUUUGAAAGUUACUGCCUUUAUUAGACCACUGUAAAUGUUGCCGAAAGGGAUUUUUAAAAAAUGUUUAUUUUUUAAAAGAGAAAUGUAUGUGCCCGCCCCCCUCUAACCUAGCUAAACUGCACCUUGAAGAUUUGUGAUAUAGUUUCUUUUUAACUAUUGUUUUAAUUAUUAAUAUUUUCCGGCGAGAAAACUGUGCCCACUUAACAACCCCACGCAGCACUGUGUCCUAAUGACCUGUAACAAAUCAUGUUAAACAAACAAACUCUUACUGUAUUGAGAUAGUUGCUAGACUUGGUAUGGGCUUUAUACUAUGCAGUUAACUGGUGCUAUUUUUAUUUUUGUAAUGUGAAUACAG